UCGCUCUGAUUCGUUACACUUUCCACUAAAUCGAAAUCCUCGCUGCUUUUAUUUCUCUGACGUCCCGCUCGGCUUCAUCCGCGCGCGCGUCUGGCUUGACGCAGCCCCGACUCCCAGCCCCGACUAAACACACAAGUCGGUCGGUGUGGCCGCGGAAGACAGCUGAAGGCGAUCCGCGGCGACCGAGCGCCCCGGAGCUCGCAACUUUACCGAGCCGCGUCCCGCGUGCACGGCCGGCCGCGGCUCCGUCCGUCAACGCGCCCCCGACGCGCUCCCGCUCCUCCGCCGCCUGGCUCUCCGGCACACUUCAAGACGCGCUGCCUCACGCUGAUCGGCCCGGUUUUUUAGUGGGGAGGAUAAGAAAAAAAAAGAAAAGAAAAGAAAAAAAAGAAAGGAAAUAAACGGGGAGGAGAGUGAAAUGGUCUUUUUCUUGAGGAUGGUGCCCAAAGCAGAGCUGUAGUUUCUCUUCCAGAGGCGAGGAAUGCAAGCUGAGCAUCAAUGUUUCACUGGGGCAAGUGGAAGAAGAGGAUGGGAGCCAAUAGUUCUUCAAAGAGACCAGUUUUCGACGAAAAAGAAGAUGUAAACUUUGACCACUUCCAGAUAUUGCGUGCCAUUGGAAAGGGGAGCUUUGGAAAGGUAUGCAUCGUGCAAAAGAGGGACACAGAGAAGAUGUACGCCAUGAAGUACAUGAACAAACAGCAGUGCAUAGAGAGAGAUGAGGUCCGAAACGUCUUUAGAGAGCUUGAGAUCCUUCAGGAAAUUGAACAUGUUUUUUUAGUAAAUCUCUGGUACUCCUUCCAGGAUGAGGAGGACAUGUUCAUGGUGGUGGAUCUCCUGCUGGGAGGAGACCUGCGCUACCACCUGCAGCAGAACGUCCAGUUCAGCGAGGACGCCGUCAAACUCUACCUGUGUGAGAUGACGCUGGCGCUGGACUACCUGCAGAGCCAGCACAUCAUCCACAGAGAUGUCAAGCCUGACAACAUCUUAUUGGAUGAGCAAGGUCACGCUCACCUGACGGACUUCAACAUAGCAACGAUAAUAAAGGACGGGGAACGAGCAACAGCCUUGGCUGGAACAAAGCCCUACAUGGCCCCAGAGAUCUUCCAGUCUUUUGUAAGUGGAGGGACGGGCUACGCCUUUGAAGUGGACUGGUGGUCACUUGGGGUGACGGUCUUCGAAGUGCUGCGCGGAUGGAGGCCCUACGACAUCCACGCCAGCAACUCGGUGGAGUCCCUGAUUCAGCUCUUCAGUACGGUCAGUGUCCAGUACAGCCCCGCCUGGCCCAAGGACCUGGUCGCCCUCAUGAGGAAGCUGCUGACGGUGAACCCAGAGCAUCGAUUCUCGGGACUGUCUGACAUGCAGACGUCUCCGUACCUCGCUGACGUCAACUGGGAUGCUGUGUUUGAGAAGAAGACUGAGGCUGGAUUUGUUCCGAAUAAAGGUCGGCUCCACUGCGACCCCACCUUCGAGCUGGAGGAGAUGAUCCUGGAGUCACGUCCGCUCCACAAGAAGAAGAAGCGGCUGGCCAAGAACCGCUCUCGAGACAACAGCAAGGAUUCGCAGUCGGAGAAUGACUACCUACAGGAGUGCCUUGAAGUGGUGCAGCAGGAGUUCAUGAUCUUCAACCGGGAGAGGUUGAAAAAGCGUCCGGACGAGGGUCAGUCGGAGGCCGGGGCCGACGACGCCAGCGGAGACGGCGAAACGGAGACGGGCGUCACCGACGAGGAGGCCACUGUGCCGGCGGCAGAACCGGAUCCGGAUCCGGAGCCGGAGCCCGAGUCCUCCUCCAAACUGAGCAUGUGCGGAUCGGUCUGCUCCUCCCCCGGAAGCUGCUAACGCCACCGUCGCCCUGACAGUGACGAUGGCAGGCCCCCCUCUCUCUCUCUCUCUCUCUCUCUCUCUCUCUCUCUCUCUCUCUCUCGCUCUCUCUCUCUCCCCUCCCCGACCCGCUGUAGUGUUUGUGCCAUGCCAAUAAGAUACGUUCACACCUCCGUCCUCCGUCGUCGCCUGCAGCGGAGGAAUCGCACAGCGGAGCGACUUAAGACGCACAGCACGACCCAAAAACGGCUCCCACCAGUCCCCGCCCCCUCUUUCUUCCCUCGUUUCCUGUAGCAUCCUUCUGGUAAGGCAUGAAUGAAACAGAGAGCCCCUGCCUACUGUACCCGUCCACCCUAGAGUAAGCUCUAACUUCUAUGCAAUGUUACAGUAUAGCAUGAAUUUUAAGGUAUCCCUGACUAGGAAUCGUCGUCGGUACGCAGAAGAAAAAAAAAAUAAAAUAAAAGCUCCACGAGCAUGAUGACAUCCCCGGUAAUAGCAGUACACAGUGUUAACGGGGGUUCGUUGGGUUUUUUUUGGCGGAGGCGCCUCCCGUUUCUCCUCAGACUCCCUCGUUUCCAAAUCUGACGGGGGACAGCUGAAUUAUUCAAGGCGCCGCGAAGGCACUCAGUUUGUGUUAUUGCCUGCAUCUUCAGUUCGCUCUUCCCUUCAGCUUGUUUCAUCUAGCGUCUGCCCCAGUUCAGUACAAUAGCCCUUCAUCCUGCUCCAACACCUUUCCAGUCAGUGUUGAGGUUUUCCGCUUCUGACCGGCCAGCGUCGGAUUGGUCGACGCGCUGAAAGGCGCGCCUGUCGAUGAUAAUCAGUAUUUGUCAGUCGCACUACAGCCAUUGAUGCAUUAUAGAUCUCAACGUUGGUCUUUAAAUGCUAGCCACUUCCUCUUUUACCCAGUCUUCUUGCUUCUUGAAGAUGAUAAGAUACUGUAAUUUAUGGAAAAUCCGUACAGCAAUCAGAGGGAAAGGUUACGCUUGUCACGGUGGGUAAUGGCUACAAAGACGUAGUGUUUUAGCUCUGACUCAACGAGCAAUCCCAACCUGAGCUGCGGGAGAUUAAUGCCGCUCACAUUUAAGAACCUAUUAGAAAACUUUAUUUGUUUCAUCAUCUGGAUAAGUGCUUGUUUAGAGUAAAGAUCGUCCCUCCCGUAGAGCUCGGUUUGGGGGGUGGGGGUUGUACAUUAAGGCGACGGUCGCGGUGAUAGCGCUACGUGUGAGGUGGCACCAUGAACUCCCGGGAAUAUGUAGCAAAAGACCACCUUUAAAAA